UUUCCGUUUCCACCUGGCGACGCCAGCUCCUCCCCGCCCACGUGACGGGAUCGCGCCGGAGAUCGCUCGCCGGAGCGGAGCGGAUCGGCGUCUGGCGCGUCGAGAGCGGCGGGGAGCGCUCGGAACACGCGAUGGUGGAGGAACCGGCGCAGGCGCCGGCGGAUCUGAGCGCGGCGGCGCAGGUGAGCGCGCUGCCGCUGCAGGUGGACCUCCUGCAGCUGCCGCCGGAGGUGCCGGCGCCGGGGGCGCCCGCGCUGCGCGGCGUCCUCGACCGCCUCUUCGCGCACUGGCUCUCGCUCCCGGACACCGCCGCGCUGGUCGCCAGCCUCGUGCACAAGGCCAAGGCGAGCGGCGGCGGGGCGGUGGGCGCCUGCGCCUCGAUGCUGCCCUCGAUGCUGCAGGGGGGCGCCGCCGUGCCGCCGCUCUCCCCGAGGUCGCCGCGCCUCUCGCGGAGGCCCAGCGGGCUCGGCGCCGGCCAGCCCAACCGCUCCGCGUCGCCGCUCCGUCCGGCCGCCGCGCGCCCCGCCAAGGAGGUCAUACCGCAGUUCUAUUUUCAAGAUGGCCGACCACCGCCGUACGAGGUGAAGAAGCAAUGCAUUUCUACCGUUGAUCAGCUCUUCGCCGGCCAUUCAAAUGGUCUUCGAGCUCCAGAAUUUCGGAUGGUUACCAGGGAACUCUGCAAGCUACCGACAUUCUUUACCACUGCUCUUUUCUUUAAGAUUGACGAGGAGAGCACAGGAUUCGUGGCAAGGGAGGCCUUCAUUGAUUUUUGGGUGAAUAGCAAUUUGAUGAGUAUGGACAGUGCAACCCAGGUAUUUACGAUUCUGAAGCAACAGAAUCGCAAUUACCUCACGAAGGAGGAUUUUAAACCAGUUCUUAAAGACCUUUUGGACAACCAUCCUGGUCUGGAGUUCUUAAAGAGUACACCUGAAUUUCAAGAAAGAUAUGCUGAGACUGUCGUAUAUAGGAUAUUCUACUCCUUGAAUCGAAUUGGAAGUGGUCAUCUAUCACUUAGGGAGCUGAAGCGUGGAAAUCUACUCAGUGCGCUCAGGCAUGCUGAUGAUGAAGAAGAUAUCAACAAAGUUUUAAGGUAUUUCUCAUAUGAGCAUUUCUAUGUGAUAUAUUGCAAGUUUUGGGAGCUGGACACAGACCACGAUUUCUUGAUUGAUAAAGAAAAUCUUAUUAAGUAUGGAAACCAUGCAUUGACAUAUAGGAUUGUAGAUAGAAUUUUCUCAGAGGUUCCUAGGAAAUUUACCAGCAAGGCUGAAGGGAAAAUGGGGUAUGAAGAUUUUGUCCAUUUUAUACUGUCUGAAGAGGACAAAUCAACAGGGCCAAGCCAGGAAUAUUGGUUUAAAUGUAUAGAUCUUGAUGGCAAUGGCAUACUCACACACAACGAACUGCAGUUCUUUUUUGAGGAACAACUUCACCGCAUGGAAUGCAUGGCCCAGGAACCGGUUCUUUUUGAGGACAUCUUAUGUCAGCUCAUUGACAUGAUUGGACCUGAGAAUGAGAGCUAUUUGACAUUGAAAGACUUCCGAAGGUGCAAAUUGUCUGGGCAUUUCUUCAACAUUCUCUUUAACCUGAACAAAUUUAUGGCCUUUGAAGCUAGGGACCCAUUCCUCAUUCGCCAAAUGCGUGAAGAGCCAUCAUUAACAGAUUGGGAUCGUUUUGCACGAAGAGAAUAUGUAAGAUUGGCGAUGGAAGAAGAUGGCGAAGAUGCUUCAAAUGCAAGUGGAGAUGUUUGGGAUGAGUCACUUGAAUCUCCUUUUUAGAUUGAAUAUGUUGUGGCAUUUUGGAAGAUAUCAGAUCAUUCACAUAGAGGCAUACAGCUCUAAUAAUCUCAAGUUGAAACCAUGAAGGCAGUCAAAUAUGAACUUAUCUGAUAGUUUAUUUCUACAGAAGCUAUACUUGAGGCAGCUGCACACUUGCUGGCACCAUCCAAGUUUGGCAUAGAAGCUGAGACAAAUACAUCCAUUUAGCUUGUUGUGGAGUACAUUUGGUCUUGGUGACAAUGCUUUUUGUAGCAACGCCCAUGUUGAUCUAGUAUUGCUGCUAUGCUUUUAUCAGUUGAUUCAUGGCAGCAACAAGUGCACAACAACUGGUGAUUAUUAUGAGAGCACAUAAAAGUCUAGUGACAAAUAAGGAGAAGAGCAUGGGUCCUUGUUGUGGAUGCAAUCAUCGUAUGGUAGAUCGUGAAUAGUUGGCACCACAAUUUUUAUUAUCCUAGGGUUUUCAUUAGAUAUAUACCAAAGUAUUCUUUCGUUGUUGAAUAAGGUCAUCAAGAAGAACAUUUUACUUGUGUAUCCUGUAUCUAUGUUUAGUUAGUAGUCACAAGAACAAUGAGCUGUAAUACUAUGAUACAAGAUUUCUCAUUAUUUUAUAAUGCACCUUUUAGACGUAAUACCUGAAAUACCAACAAUAAUGAGAGUAAUAUAUGCAAUCAGUGAUGGACUCAAACCAUUUUUCUGCUGAAUGGAUGUGGGUUCAUGUAGGAUGAUGGAACGCCCAUGAAGCAGAACUGUUUAUGACAGUCUAAGGCAAAAGCAAUGCUACAUCCAGCAGCAGCAGGGAAAUUGACUGGUGCUUUUUGACCAUCUUUCUACGAAAAAUUACUAAUUUGCAAUAAAAGCUGCUUAUCUACCACUUCUUUUUCAUCUUUAGUAGAUUAUCAGCCUAAGAAAAGCUGUUGUCAGACCAAUCAAACUAAACAGUGAUUCAUUGUAUUUUCAGGGAGAAGGACCGAUGUUGAAAACGACACUGGUUUGAUUGGCUGCCUGCAAAGAUCAUGCAUUUGCUUUCGUUUCUCCACCAAUUACUGUCUCCUGCUCGAAAGAACAUAUGGUCACAGAAAGGAAGGGCAUAUUGUCCUCCUGGCCUUCUUUCUAAGCAAAAUAAAGGGCAAAGAAGGCUGCAUCCUUCCGACAACGGUGGAAAGAAGCUCGAAGGAUAAUACAACUAGGCACCUCCUAUGUUCCAACUAGGAAGAUAACAGCCUAACUGACAGCAAAACACCACCUACUGAGACAGUUUGCAAUAUGAUUAAUUGACGUGAACAGUUUAACACUUCUACCAUGGCGUUAAGUGCCAAAUGAAAACAAUGUCGGCUUGUUGUUUC